AUGAACUUGAGGCUAUUGACCGCACUUUUGUUGGUCCAACUUGCCGCAUGUCAUUUCGACACAUCCACAUGUGGAAUAGAGAAGGAAUGUAUUUUGGUACCGGAGGGUUGUGAGACUCGAAAUGAUUGUCGACAAAUGUUCUCCUACGAAGGUCAUGAAGAUGGCUGGAUUGACAUCGAGUUAGCUAGCUCGAACGAUGUCCCUACCAACUGCUACAUGGCCGUCGCAUUUUCCGGUGAUAACGAGAUGGGGAGCGAUGCAGUGACACAGUGCACAUUUCCACCUGGCAAAGAGCCAAGUGCGCAUUUCAGUUAUAAUGUCGGUAAAUCCAACAUUGUUCCAACAGAGGCGGAUAAGGUCGCCGAAGAGCAACAUCUGAAACUCAUUCAUGCCCAUAAAGGAGACGAUGGAAUGUACUGUCAUUUCCGACAAAAAAGCGGCAAUGGAGAGAACAGAUUUGCUCCUUAUCUCAACGAUAAACAUUUCAUUUUCUUGGCUCGAGGAGUUGCGAAAGAUCACAGAGCCUUGGAUAUUCACGCACUGGACACUAACUCACCGAAUUUCCCUUAUAUUUCCGAUAGAAAGAUUAAUGUGGCCGAAGUGAGAAAGAGAGAAACUCCAGCGCAAGGGAUCCCCGUUGUCGCUGUCACAGUGGAUCAUUCGACCAACGAUACCGUGCCAAGGUUCCCCGUUGUCGCUGUCGGAGUGAAUCGUUCGAGAGCUGAUGAUACUGCGCAGCCAAAAGCUGCCGAACCCGAGGAACAUCAUAUUAGCAGAGCAACCAAGCUUGUGCUUUUCAGAUUCCAUGGAGCCCUGAUGGUUCUUGCAUGGCUUAUGUUGAGUGCUGGUGCUAUACUAUCAGCACGAUAUCUUCGCGAUCAUUUCCCCACAUCUACCCCGUGUGGACUAAAGUGGUGGUUCCAUAUCCAUCGGACCUACAAUCUCUGCGCACUUCCUCUCAUUCUUAUUUCAACGCUGCUAAUUUUCAUAGCAAAUGAGUGGACAUGGAAAGGACCAUCGGUCAAUAAGUCUGCAGAGAAGAACUGGACUCCUGGAAGUGUUCAUUCAUUGUUCGGACUUAUUGCCAUUCUGGCAGCUGUCGUAAAUCCACUAAAUUCGCUAUUGCGCUGUGCUCCGGACACAGGUGCACGACCCAUUUUCAACUGGACUCAUCGGAUUAUAGGAAUCACUGGAUUCAUUUGUGCUAUAAUCGCUCUAUUGAUCGCUUCAAACUCGUUUAUGUCACUAUGGUCGGAUCCUGCUUGGGCAUUCGCUAUAGUGAUAUUUUAUGUCCUUAUAGCUAUUCUCACUCUCAUAGCAUUUGAAAUCUUUUCCUACUUGAAGACAAAACCAUCCAGCAAAACAGGCUCCAUGGAGAUGCGAAACCGAUCGUCUGGACAUCAAUAUGACGAUUCUGGACGAGUUGUCAAUAACCCACCAAAGAUAAUCAACAAAAAGCCACUCUGGGCAACCACUGCUCUCUACCUUAUCUUCGGACUAUUUUCUUUCUGCAUUGUAACUAUUUUGAUCAUAAUGAUAUUUAUCUAAGCUUCUUUGAGUGCUCAACUAAUGCUAUGGCUGCUCUAAGCGUAGGGUAUGCGCAGCCAUUCCGACAUGGCUCAAGGUUUUCUCAUACAGUGGCUUCACUGCUUUUCUCUUCCGACACUCAAGUUGAUUCAACUUGCCGUUAUAUAGCUUUCGACUAGUCAUUUUGUAUUUUUGUUUACAUUUUUAAUGUCUGGCCAUACUACCCGAGUGAUUCUCUUUCUUAAUCGUUGAUUUUUAU